AUGUGGCUGCUAGAUACCGCGCGCGCCAACCUCGAGUUCUUUCCCCGUUCUUAUGACAUUCCCGGCGGAUAUGCCAUCUUAUCUCACACCUGGAGCGCUGUGGAAGAUGGCGGGGAGGACUCGUUUCAGUUCCACACCGUCCCCUCUUCCCCACCGUGGUUCAACCCCCGAGACCGGUUGUCUCCCAAAGUACGCGCGUUUCUCGAGCGUGCGGAGAAAGCUGGGUACCGGUACGCUUGGGUCGACACGUGCUGCAUCGACAAGACGAGCAGCGCGGAGCUCACCGAGGCGAUCAACUCCAUGUUCGAGUACUAUUCGUGCUCCGCCGUCUGUUAUGUCUACCUCAGCGGUGUCUCCUCCGAACACUUCGAUCCCGCGCACGAUGGUCAUCUGGAUUUCCAAGGACAGCUCCGGCAGUGGUGCCGAUGGUGUCGCCGCGGCUGGACCCUCCAGGAGCUCAUCGCGUCACCGGUCAUACUGUUCUUCUCUGAGGAGUGGACUGUAAUCGGUUCUAAACACGAGCUCGCCGAAAUCUUGGAGGAAUCCACCGGGGUUCCCGCCACCGUCUUACGCUUCGAAAAACCAAUCACAGACAUGUCCGUCGCGGCACGCAUGUCCUGGGCAUCACACAGGACGACCACAAGGCCCGAGGACCGCGCGUACUGCCUCUUUGGGCUCUUUGGAAUCAACAUGCCGACGCUCUACGGCGAGGGCGGCGACAAUGCGUUCUACCGGCUCCUCGAAGAAAUCAUGAAAACGACGCGCGACACAACCAUCUUCCUUGUUGGAGAUUCCUUAGUAUAUCGCAGCUGGAACGAAAUACUAGAACGCUACUCCGAACUCCGGGAAGGAAGUUACAGCUGCUAUCUAUUUCCAUCCUCGCCACUGGAAUACGUGAAACAUCUGUGUAACAACCUCAGUUUCAAGAUCAAUCCUCUAUAUGACUAUCAUGACCGUAAAAACGAAGUGCGUUCUUUGUAUGUCGCCGCCGUCCUCGUUGACAUUGUCCUCCCAGGAUACGCUACCAACACCCUCGGGCCUUCGUUACCCUACUUUCAACAUAUCUCCCGAUGGGUUGAUUCUCACUGGGCUUGUCACGGUAGUUCCCAAUACCACUCAGGACCCGGAUGCCCUGCUCGUUGA